AUGGUUGCAGGAGCAAUCAGUGCCUUCUUCGGUCUCAGUCUUCUUGCUACUCGAUCCAACGUCAACGUCAUCGGUGACCUUGCGGACGCACCAGGGCUCCCCCUCGCCGCAGGACGAGACUAUGUCCAUCUCGCAGAUGAUACCAUUAGCCAAAAGAAACAUGACAUGCGGCUCCUCUCAAGUAUUCGGAACCCAAAAGGCUUCUAUAACUCAAUAGAUGUUGGGAAGUCAGAAUUCAAUAUCCUGAAUCCAACAAUUCUGGAACUACCAAGUGGAAGUGAGCAUGAGUUCCUAGUCAUAGCAAGGUUUCCUCUCGUCGAGACAGAAAUCAAUGGCCGGAAAUAUCGGCUUUCACGCCAAGUUGCCGUGUUCGCCAACAUGACGUACAAUGCACUUCAGCGGCCUAUGCUCACCGCGUGCAAAUGGUCCAAGCGGUUAGGUGACCAAUAUGCUGGGCCUGACCAUCAUUGUAAGAACGAACCCAUCUUAGACCAACAUAUUGGACCUGAGGACAUGAAACUAUUCUGGACACGGAGUGGUGCACCACUGCUUAUAUUCACCUUACAAUCUAAACACGAAAUUCUCUGUCAGGGCAUGUUCCUACUCGAUGCACGCGUUGCUGUGCCUGAGCUCACAAGAAUACUUGGCGGCCACGCUCGUCUCAUGCCAGCAAUUCAAUUGAAGACCCCGACAAGAAUACGUCGUAUGGUCCCACCAGGGUAUGAAAACGACUCACGUUAUCAGCGCGACAAAAACUGGGCACCUUUUCAGUCGCCUUUCGACAAGAACGAUAACGAGCACUUUUUCGUUGUAGAACCCGGCCGAGUGUUUCGGUGGACAAUGGACAACGAGAUAGUCGAGGAUGUAGGUGCGAGUUCCAUUUCAGCAGUAGAAGAGCCGUAUCCCCCUUGGGUUGGAUCUUCGACUUGGCAUAGCAUCGAGAAGACGUGUUUACACGAUGUCAUGAUGGCAGACAAACUCGUACACCAAUCGACGCCAAUGCUUUUCCUGACGCUUUGCAACCGUGGAAAGUGCGAGCCCCAUGAGGACAACACGGUAAUGCUGGCUAUGGUACAUCGCCGCUACGAGCACUACUCGGUCCAUCCCCAUAUCUCCUAUGACCGACGCAUAGUUGUUUACGCUGCCGCACCACCUUAUAGGAUGCUAAGUGUAAGCAAAAAACUUUAUUACCUAGGAGAAACCGACGAAAGUUUUAUAUGGACUGGAAGUAUGGUGUAUUUCUUUAACCAUACAAAUGUCAUCUCAAACAGGAGCCAUGGAUUCCUAGACGACGAGAUCUGGCUCGGUUUUGGGAUCACAGAUUUAGCAGCAGGGUGGUUAGAUGUCGAAGCAAGAGAUUUAGUUCAAGACCACAAUAUGUGUCAGGGUGCGCCGUAUAAUUACAGAAAAAACCUAAAGAAAAAUUCCUUACUAUAG